AUGAGCGUAGAUAUCGCUAUCCCAUCAGCUACAUGGUGCCCAUGGUCGGCAGUCGGCAGGCCCUAUUCUUACCCUGUGUCCUGCGGGCGAUCUUUUCCCUUGGCAAUAGCCAGACCAGACCAAAGUCAGACAUUUGAACCUUUCGAUCAGAUAUUACCAACUCUCCAGAGGCCUCUCAAAAGGAUACGAACGGGCGAAAGGCUGAACCCAUUGCUAUCUUCGCCUGAGCCCCUCGAAGAUGAUCAGCUCUUCGCCCCAGGGUACGAACAAGUUCCUCUGAUCAAAAUAACAUCAGAGGGAUCUAUGAAAGUGCUGCAUAGUCGGAACAGUGAUAGUAUAGAAUCGUCAAUGCAUGCCAACGACACUGCUUCAAGGCCUGGAGCAUCUCCACUCUCAUGGAUUGGAUUAUGGAUAACCCCUCGAGAGUCUGACGAUCCAGAAUUAGUCGUUUCACCUCUCGAGGCACCGUCUGGGUUCUUAGAAGGUGUCUUGAAGGAAACUUGUGAUAUCGGAAAAGAUCCUUUAGGAGACAUUGAGAUGGAAACAGGAGAAAGGCAUAAUGAAGAUGUUAGAGGGUCAAUGCCCACCGAAACCUCGAGUUAUACCCUCGAGAGAUAUUUGGCGGAUGGCAAAGGAUCUAUACGGUCCCAGGAACCAUCGAUUAGUCGUCCGGACUACCUUCGUUCGACAGAUCUAGUUGACAUCAAGAGGGAGCUCCAGAAGAUCACAUCUGACAUCAGCGAUGUUUUUCAGGGCAUGAAUAUUUCGGACGACAAUAUCCCGGAAAUCAAUCUGCAAGAUCUGGAGGCGAGUUUUGGUUCGGAAAAUUUGGAAGGCCUUGAAGGAAACACUGCAGAGUGUGAGACCGACGCGCAGGAUAUGUCGGAGGAUGGAAAUGAUAUCUUUAGUUUAGAGGAUGGAGACGAAUCGGUUGUUGUCGGCCCUCAAGACAUCUCACCUGAACUGGAAUCAUGGAUCUCAAAGAGCUCACUAAUCGUUGGUAGUAGCUUGAAACCUCUAGUAGGCGGUGCUGUUGACAGCACCAGGUUAACGUUCCAGGAGGAAGACGUGCAUUUCCCUAUCCCACACGGACGGAAGCGAAAGGCAAGCACGUGUCAAUGA